CACUCCAGUAUUUCACUAUUUUGUCUCCUCAGUCGCGAAGGCGGGAAACUUUUUCAUAGCCCUAAUAAAUAUACGCGGUUUAUAAUUCCAUUAGAAAUAUCCCAUUUUGCUCUUCGCCUGCUCCUCGUCCUUUCAUUUAUUUGUUCGGAAGAAAUGGGGAAGAAGAAAAAGGCUAGGGUUUCUUCUGAGGGCUGUAAGGCUGAGCCCACGGAAGAAUCCGAAGCUGGCGAAGCAUCGGCUCCCAAGGAGAAGAGCCUCUACGAGAUAUUGGGUGUGGAAAGGACGGCAUCUCAACAGGAAAUUAAGAAAGCAUACUACAAGUUGGCUCUCCGUCUUCAUCCUGAUAAGAAUCCUGGUGAUGAUGAAGCAAAGGAAAAAUUUCAGCUUUUGCAGAAGGUGAUAUCUAUUUUAGGUGAUGAGGAGAAAAGAUCCCUAUAUGAUCAAACUGGUUCGGUUGAUGAUGAUAUGCUUGUUGGGAAUGCAGCUGAUAAUCUUCAAGAGUAUUUCCGAUCAAUGUAUAAGAAGGUAACUGAGGCUGAUAUUGAAGAAUUUGAAGCCAACUACAGAGGAUCAGAUUCAGAGAAAAAAGAUUUGAAGGAUCUCUACGCAAAAUACAACGGUAAUAUGGACAGGCUUUUUUGUUCUAUGAUCUGUUCUUAUCCAAAGCUAGACUCUCAUCGUUUUAAGGAUAUCAUAGAUGCGGCAAUAAAUGAAGGAGAACUCAAGUCAACUAAAGCAUAUCAGAAGUGGGCAAAGAAAAUUUCUUUGAUCAAACCACCAAGAGAUCCUCUAGCCAGGAAAACAAAAUCAAAGAUGAAAGCUGAAACUGAUCUUGUUGCGCUCAUCUCCCAACGACAAAGUAGCCGGAAAGAGCAAUUUAAUUCUGCCCUUCAAUCCAUAAUGGCAAAACAUGAUCCAGCUGGAGAUCCAGAACCCUCAGAGGAAGAGUUCCAGGCAGCAAAACAAAGGCUUGAAAGCAAAAAAAGAUCCAAAGGGAGGAAGCGGUAAUCUGUUAGAAACAUCUCAGUUUCCUUUUAGACAUGAAUUGGAUGAAAACUUUUUCCUUGUUAAUGUCUUACUUUAAACCUUCCAUGAUAGUGUGAUGUCUGUCACAUUGUUAACAUAUCAGUUUCCUUUUAGAUGGGAAUUAGAUGUGGACUGUGAGAAAAGGGAAUGAGAGUUAGGAUUAUAUCCUUCGCAGCUAAUCUGGGAAUAUCAUAUCAGAAAAUUUGGGAUUUUUGUUC